CAUUUCCACUCCUCUUACCUGCCUUGGAGACAACAGUUUUCCUUGCUCUCUGCCUUCCCUCUCUUCCACCCCCUCUGUAUGCAAGCGAGCAGUUUUUAAUACGAGGCCUUCGCUUAGUGCUGAAGCUGCUUGCUGCGCCUUGGAGCUGCUAUUGGGCUUCUCUACAAAUACUUUGCGCGCCAUGGACGGCGACUUGAAGAAGAGGAGGUAAAGCAGGUGCCUGCAGCAGUAUCUAGACCUCAAUCUGCUGAAGGGUUUGAUCUUUCAUCCUUUUGCCCGGCUAACCGGUUCGGUUUCCUGGAGUAGUAAAGGGAAAUAACUUUGGAAGACAGACUUCGGCAGUACCACCACAACAAAGCGCAGCUCUUGGAAGAUCUGAGAUGAGCAGUGGCGGGGAAUAUGACGCUGCAUUCGCAGCCACAAUUGCAGCAGCAGCAUUCGCAAUUGCUGCUCAAGAAGAGAAGCUUACAACGCAGAAGAAGCCUAUACCCAUCGAGGCGGUGCCGCCGGCCCUGUCGCCAGUCAAGAGAGCAGAAAGCAUGAAAAGACCUGGAGGAGGAAGCAAAAUCUCAAGAUGGUUCAGUGGCAAAGAGCCCGUUGAAGAUGAUGACGACGGACCAGUCAACGUAUCUGUGAGGAGGCCGCUGAAACCAGCACCUGGAAAGCCUGAAGAUAUAGCUCCAGAUCAUAAGGUGACACCAAAGAUGCUUGAAACUUCUAUGAGUGUAAAGAAGGGUUCAGGAUCCUCCAACAAAGCAGCAGAUAGGAAAGGGAGCGAGAAGUUUGAACAACAACAGGCGAUUCAGAAAGUGCCAUCGACCGUCAGGCCAGCUACAUCGUAUCAUUCUAGACGGAACGGAGAAGGCACAGCUGGAGUGACUGCUACUGGUGGCACGGGAACCAAGGCUGAAGAAUGGGAGAAGGCAAAGCUUGCAAGAGUUAGGGAGGAGUAUGAAAAGAUGAUCGAAACCAUAGCUGAAUGGGAGACCGAGAAGAAGGUGAAGGCGAGACGCCAAAAAGAACAGAAAGAGACCGAGUUAGACAAAAAGAGAGCAAAGGCACUGGAAGAAUACAACCAGGAGAUGACAAGGAUCAACAAAGUUGCUGGAGGUGCAAGGUCAAUGGCGGAGGAAAGAAAAUAUAAUGAUGAGAAGAAGAUCAGAGAGAAGGCGUACAAGAUACAAUCCACUGGAAAGCUUCCCCGCACAUGUGCUUGCUUUUGAGAAAAGAUCAGUACUGUGAAACUUGAAACAAAAUGAAGGACGUAAUUUGAAGGUUGUAAAAGCCAGAAAAUUGUUAUGUAUUGUAAUAUAUAUUUGGUUUGAUAA